AUGCACAAAUACAAAGAUAGCACCAUUGAGAUUUUACACUUAUGCACUUACUGGGACAAUGAUGGGGACAGUGAAAGGCAUCAAAGAAAUCCUAGACAAUACACCCAAACCAAGGCAAUGUCCCUUAAUGAGUAUCUCACUGCCCCAAAUGGUGAAGUAUAUAAACCGCUGUGGAAGACCUCCCUUUUUAAGUCAACUGUUUCUGCAGAUCAGUGGGUCUCUGUCAGCACAAGCUCCAACCAGAUAUUCAAGCAUAGCGAUUUGUGGACAGACCAUUUGGAACAUCUGGAAAGUAACCUAGUCCAUGCUGAAAAUAAUGACUUGAGCCAUUUGGAAGAUAGGAUUGGCCUGACCUUAAAUCAGAGAUUUAGAAAUGAAGAACAAAGUGCUCAGUGGGAUCCACAUAAGAGGGACUUCACUAAGGAGUCAACCCUACAGUAUAACCAGAGGCUUUUCACUGGAGACAGAAUUGCCGAAUGCACUGAAUCUGAGAAAACAUUGAACCAGGGAUCAAGUGUUCAGAGAUGUGUCAGUGCUAGAUUUGCAGAGAACUAUCAUGAAUGUGAUAAAUGUGGGGAAGGUUUUCAUCCAAGCUCUAAUGUCAAUAGACAUAAUGGUCACCAUUUGGGAGACAGCCCUCAUAAAUAUAAUGAAUGUGGGAAAUCUCGUAACCAGUCUUCCAGUAUAUAUUCUGGAGAGAAACCCUGCAAAUGUCAAGAAUGUGGCAAGGCUUUUAACGAUCACUCAAGUCUUAAUAGACAGCACCGAAUUCAUAUUGCAGGGAAAAUUUACAACUGUAAUGACUGUGCCAAAGCCUUUACAUUGUGCUCAAAACUUAUUAAACAUCAGAGAAUUCAUAAUGGAGAUAAACCUUACCAGUGUCAACAAUGUGGCAAGAGCAUUAACCACAGCUCAAUCCUUACUCGAUAUCACAUAAUUCAUACUGGAGAGAAACCUUACCAAUGUAAAGAAUGUGGCAAGAGCUUUAACCGGAGGUCAUCCCUUAUUAAACAUCACAGAAUUCAUACUGGAGAGAAACCUUACCAAUGUCAAAAAUGUGGCAAGACCUUUAUCUGCCUUUCACACCUUUCUCAACAUCAUAGAAUUCAUACUGGAGAGAAACCUUACCAAUGUCAAGAAUGUGGUAAUGCCUAUGCCAUCCCUUCACAACUUAUUAAACAUCACAGAAUUCAUACUGGAGAGAAACCUUACCAAUGUCACGAAUGUGGCAAGAGCUUUAACUGGAGUUCAUACCUUAUUCAACAUCACAGAACUCAUACUGGAGAAAAACCUUAA